CGAAAUUGAGGUCACACAAGAGAACUGAAGAGUGACAAAAAUGGCAAAGUCGUCGGCGACCAAAGACGCCCAAGCUCUUUUCCAUUCUCUCCGUUCUGCUUAUGCCGCAACUCCGACGAAUCUCAAGAUCAUUGAUCUAUAUGUCAUCUUUGCGAUCUCUACUGCCUUAAUUCAGGUGGUAUACAUGGCUAUUGUUGGAUCAUUUCCAUUCAACUCUUUUCUCUCUGGGGUGCUUUCUUGUAUUGGCACAGCAGUCCUUGCUGUUUGUCUUCGGAUCCAAGUAAACAAAGAAAACAAGGAAUUCAAGGAUUUGCCUCCGGAACGUGCUUUUGCAGAUUUUGUUCUCUGCAAUUUAGUGCUCCAUUUGGUGAUCAUGAACUUUCUUGGCUAGAUUGAGGCACCAAAUCUUGAAAAUGUUGCUCUUACAAAUCUUGGUGAUUUUUAUGUAAGAAUAAUAUAGAGUCAAUCGUAAAGGAUUUUGUUAGGCUUUCGGAAA